ACUGCGUGGUUUGGUGGCGUUUAACAUCAUCAGCAGUCUAGUUGUCGACUUUUUCCCAACAUGUGUAAUUAUAACUAAAGAAUGUGCGUGUGUGAUAUGAAAAAAAAAGUUUUUAUUUGCAAAAUAAUUCUUCAUUAAAAAUGACCUUUUGAGGCAAAAAAAAAACUAAACAAAGGUGUUGCAAAUUUUUUUAUACUUUUUUUUUGCUUAUCAGUUCCGAAUGAUAUUUAUAUUUAUCUAAAUUGAAAUUAUUUCUGUAUAUAUAUGGGUGAAUGAAAGGAGAUUAUCAGGAAAAAAAAAAUAUAAUACUCAAUGAAAAGGACAAAUAUUUACAUUUUUAGAAUGGUCCAUUUGGACUUUUAUUAAUUUUGUUGGGAAAAAAAAAAUUUUUUUCUACUAUCAUGAAAACGUAUAAUUUUAAUGCCCCCGAUGGAGGUUGGGGUUGGAUCGUUGUUUUGGCAACCGCCUUGAACAACAUGGUCACAAUUCCCAUUUUACAAUGUUUUGCAUUUAUUUUUAAAGAUAGAUUUGAUACAUUAAAUUUUUCAGCAAUACAAAUAACAACAAUUACAAAUUGGAAUUCAUUUUUUGGUAUGAUUUUGGGAAUAUUUAAUGGACCAUUAAUCACAAUUUUUGGAUAUAGAAAAACAGCUAUUUUAGGAACAUUAGUGUUUACAGCGGGAGUUGUUUACACUGCAUUUGCUUCCUCAUUUUUACAUUUUAUGAUUGGUUAUGGAAUGAUAACGUCUGUAGGAAUGGGUAUUGCAAUGUCAUCUUUUUUUCUUGCAUUAAAUACAUAUUUUGCGGAAAAAAGAGGACGUGCCAUGGGAAUUGCUAUGACUUUAACUGGAAUUGGACCAAUUUUGAUUCCACAAGUCUCGAGAUUUUUACUCCAUUGUUAUGGUUCUCAGGGUACAAUGUUACUUCUCGGAGGAUUUAGUUUACAUGCAUUAAUUGGUGCAAUGCUACUUCAACCAGUAAAAUGGCAUUCGAAGAAAGAAAAAAUUGACCAUGGACAAAAUUUAGAAUCACAAUAUAUAUCACUUCUUCAAGACAUAUGUCCUGAAUGUACGGAGGAUGAGAAAAAACAAAAUUCGAAAAAAGGUAGCAAUUAUGACUUACAAGCCAUUGAUCUCGUACAAACAGUUAAUUUAGGAAGUAGUUUUAAUGUUUUCGAAGAAUCAAAAUCAUCCGAAGAAAUAAAAGAGGAACCAUUAAAAAUUCUUCAAAAUGGUAAUGGACAAUGCCAUUUGAAUAAUGAAAAAAUUUGCGUUAAAUGUGGCUCAUUAUUUAUCAUGGAAAAAAUCAACGACAAUGUAGAAAAAAAUGUAGGUGAAAAAAAGACAAGAUGUGAAAAAAUAAUUUAUCUCUUUGGAUUGGAUUUACUUCGCGAUUGGAUAUUUGUUAAUAUCACAAUGGGUAUGUCGGUGGCAAUUUUUGCUGAAACAAAUUUUUCAACAUUACUGCCAAUUAUUCUUAAGGAAAUGCAAUUAACAACAACGGAAAUAUCAAUUGUCAUGAGCCUAUUGGGAACAAUGGAUCUUCUUCUUCGUGGAAUUAGUCCAUUUAUUGGACAUCAAUUACGUAAAUCACCAAGGACCAUGUAUUUAUUUAGUUUGUCAUUUCUCAUCAUUGGCAGAACAUUGUUAAUGUUCACGACAGGAUUCAUUUCAGUUUUAAUGGUAAUGAUAUGGAUGGGAUUCGCCAAGGGAAUACGUGCUGUUUAUUCAGUUUUAGUUAUUCCCAAUUAUGUUCCAUUGGAAAGGCUUCCCUCGGCAAGUAGUCUUCAACAAAUUGUCGUCGGUUUUCUAUCAAUGGGAGCUGGUCCAAUUAUAGGUUACAUUAGAGAUUCAACCGGAAGUUAUGGUCUUGGAAUUGCAUUCAUUAAUUGCAUGACUGGUUUGACAAUAAUCAUGUGGAUGAUGGAAAUGUUUUUAGUUCCAUCAAAAAACAAAACACAACCGAAUAGAUGAUUGUAUUUUGUUUUGAAUAUUUUAUUGUUAUUUUAUUUUUUAGUAAAUAGAAGUAAAUUUUUUUGUUCUAUUGUGCUUUA